AUGUCGAAAUGGUUUGCGCGUCAAUUAAAAUGCAAGUCGGCACAGUGUACUGUGUGUACUCCACACGGACAACAACCUUUUGAAUAUUGGCGGACGUUCGCCGAGCGUUCGCAAUAUUGCGACAAAUUCGCCAACUCGCACCAAUUGCACCUCAUCGCAUUGGCGAAUCGCGACGAGACCAAAUACGCAAUAUUGCCGCACUCGAACGACACCGACAACACGCUGGUGACGCUGGGCAUCGGCAACGACAUUGGCGCCGAGUUGGCGUUGCGCCAAGCGUUUGGCGCCAACGCCAACUCGCUGCGAUUCUUCGGCGCCGAUCCGAUCGUCGAGGCGAACCGUGAGCUCUACUCGCGAAUCGGCCAAUAUUUUCCGUUUGCCGUCGCCGCGCAAUCGGGAGUUUCGACGGCCAGCGUGUUGGUGCAAGACGCCUAUCAGAAUCGCGAUGUCGUCCACGUCGUCAUUGUCUAUUUUCUGAAGGCCAUCCUCAAUCGCACCAUCAUUGACCAUUUAUGGUUGGACGCCGAAUACGCCGAGUACACGAUGCUCGACGUCUUCUAUCGCGGCGGACGAUUUGACGCCAACGGAAUCACGGUGUGCCAGUGGAGUUGUGAGAACUCAAGUGGAGACGCUAACACUUCAUUGCCGUUCACAGCGACUGACGCAAGGUGCGCGUGCGUCCGUUUUGUUGUGCUCGCCGCCACUCACACGCCGAAGGUCGCGAGUUCAAUUUCGUCACAUUGUUGGCAAAAAUCUUUGAUCGCAAAAGACGUGUUCGUUAUCGUCACAAAAUCGCACAGCGCAUCGUGGAACAAGCUCGAGAAGCGACCGCCUCCAAUGAUGGCAAUCUCCGCGUUUCAUUCAACAAACGGCAUGCGUAUGAACUCGUCGCGACUUCUGUUGGCCCUUCCGCUCGUCCUCUUGUUCCUCUAUCUCUACUACGCCAAACAGGCGUCGAACGCGCGAGUGCCGCUGUUCGACGAAUGGAACGAGUGCAUUUCGACGGAGUUGCGCAAUCUCAGCGACGCCGCGCAAUUUUGGCGCAAAUUUCAGCAUCGCGCCGAUCGUUGCGACGAAAUGGCGCAAAUCGAGCGACUCGGCAUCGUGCAUUUGAGGAAUCUCGACGAGAUCAAAUACGCUCUAUUGCCAGUCGGUACGCAGGCGAAUCGACAAAAUGUGCUCGUCACGCUGGGCAUCGGCAACGACAUCAAUUCGGAGGUCCAACUUCAAAAGAAAAUGACCGAUUUCGGGCAUGACGUCACAUUCUACGGCGCCGAUCCGAUCAUCGAGAACAAUCGCGAGUUGUACCAAAAAAUCGGGCAAUUCUUUCCGUUCGCCGUCGGCGGCGACGCCGGCUAUUCGACAGCCAGCGUCAUGAUCAAUAACACCUACAUGAAUCACGACGUCGUCCACGUCGACAUCAUCUACUUUUUGGACAAAAUCCUCAAAGUCAAGACCAUCGAUCAUUUGUGGCUCGACGCUGAAGGCGCCGAGUACGGCUUCCUCGACAUCUUCUUCAAAGGCGGCCGACUCGAUCAGCACGGCAUCACCUUCUGCCAGAUGAGCCUCGAAGUGCACAAUCCGAACGACGAUCAAAAAGCGCAAUUCAUGGAUUUCAUUCGUCGCAUCGUCGAGGAGAAACGCUACGCCUUCUUCAAAAGUCUCGAAAUCGGCCACAUGCGCAUGUGGUUGUUCAAUUUCGACAACGAUUAUUGUGUGCAAAAGUUCGUCGCCAAGGAUCUCGUCACGAAAUGA